GACUAGCUUUUCCGAUGGACUACGAAAAUGUUGUCCUAGUUAAAAAUGACGUAAUGGUAUAUCGCAUUCCUCCAAGACAAUCCAACCGGGGUUACAGGGCGGAUGAUUGGAAAUUAGAUUCACCACAGUGGACUGGGAGACUACGCAUUAUUGCCAAAGGAAAGGAACUCGUGAUUCACCUAGAGGAUGGAAAAACGGGUGCUGCAUAUGCCAAAUGUCCCGUGGAUGCCUUUCCUGGUAUUGCUGUGGAGCCUGUAUUGGAUUCCAGUCGGUAUUUCGUUAUACGCUUAAUGGCGGAUGAUGGACGGACGAUGUUUAUUGGGCUUGGCUUUGCAGAAAGGACCGAUUCGUUCGAUUUUAAUGUCGCCAUUCAAGACCACUUCAAGUGGAUCAAACAAGACGAGGAUGUAAAACUGGCCGAAGAAAGGCUUAAAUCACAGCCUUCACUUGACUUGGGAUUCAAGGAGGGUCAAAGGAUCGUCCUCAAUCUUAACACUCGGCGGACAGGAGAUGACGCUCGUGAUGAUAGUGUAACUUUUAAACCCCGAGUAACUCCACGUGCAGAUGCCACUCCCAUCGGGUUGAUUCCUCCGCCACCCGCACCACCCGUUUCUCGCUCACGUGGAAACAAGUUAAACUCAAGUUUAACAAAUACUUCUCUCCAGACGAAUCCAGAUGGAUGCGUUGUCCACCCAAAUACGAGGAAUGAUGCAAUUAGUGGGAAUGAUUCAGGAUCGAAUCUUGAUCUACUGGCUGAUAUUUUUGGUCUUAAACAUCCGACAGAUUGCGCGAGUCGACAUGAACAAGCGUCAGCUUCGUGGGCCGAUUUCCGGUAACCUCUACUAAUGAGCGCAGAAUUUUCAAUUUCUCCGAGAGAAGCAUAUAAUCUGCCAAUCCGUAUUAUUUUACGUCUUUCGAUUGAUUUGUCCGUUCAUCGGCGUCUGUACCAUCAUCCUUCCAUUUUCUUAUCGUAUCACGCCAGCCAUCAAAAUUACAAUCCAGGUACAACGCGCACAAACACUUUUCACCGCUCACUGUUUCCUGUCCAUUCGGCCGUUUUCGCAUACCUUCGAUAAUACACCAACGUUGUUGUUGAGUUAAUUAUUAUGUACGUAAUCUUCGCCACAUUGCAGCAAGUAACUACUGAAAAUGUAGAAAAAUGGUAGUCGAUUGUACUCUGAGUCACUUUCUGUGCCUGUUAUCCCUUAAUAUAACCGGCAGGUUGAGAUCGCAU